AUGCAAACAAAGAAGAAAAGUUCUGGAAGAACUGCUGCUAGAGACCAUGCUAGUCCCAGGGUUACAAGAGCUCAGAAGAAAGCCUAUGAAAAUGUGCAACUUGUGGAAAAGAAGGUUGCAGAUCUAAUUACAUCUUCAACAAGAAAGCAGAGAGUUGGUGGCAAUCAUAAAAAGAAUGGGGAGCCUGUUACCGCAACCAUUUCAACUAUGAAUUAUGACUCGAUGCGUGAUGAGACUGCUGAGACUUGUUUGGAGCAUGAUGCUUUAAGUGAUGAUUGCAUAGAGAAUAAGGGUUGUAAAGAGGAAACUGCUGAUUGUAUGCUGGGAACUAUAUUUUCUCCUUCCUUUCACAUAUCUAAGCACACCAAUGGGGAACCUGCUAAUGAAGUUGUGGAAGCAGCCAGUAUUUCUUCUGAAGUCUCAGCCAUAUAUCUUGCUAUGAAAAAUUCUAAGUUGGAAUGUGUAGAUGAGCAUGGUCAAGAGCCCAUGUCAACUGAUUUAUACACAGAUGAUGACGAGUUUGACGAGAUUGAUGACUUUGAUCCGUACUUAUUCAUCAAGAACUUACCUGAUUUGUCAUCCGUUGUCCCAACUUUUCGGCCGAUGCUUCUGCCUAAACAGACACGGAGUUGCCCUCCUACUAGUCUUGUUUUGGACUUGGAUGAAACUUUGGUACACUCCACACUAGAACCUUGUGAUGAUGCAGACUUCACUUUUCCUGUAAAUUUUAAUCUCCAGCAGCACACAGUAUACGUCCGAUGCCGUCCUCAUCUCAGAGAUUUUCUGGACAGAGUUUCCACUCUUUUUGAGAUCAUAAUAUUUACAGCUAGUCAAAGUAUUUAUGCAGAGCAGCUUCUAAAUGUGCUGGACCCAAAAAGGAAGAUAUUUCGCCAUCGUGUUUUUCGUGAUUCCUGUGUUUUUGUGGAGGGGAAUUACCUCAAAGAUUUGUCAGUUCUUGGUCGUGAUUUGUCACGUGUUAUCAUAGUUGACAACUCUCCACAGGCAUUUGGAUUCCAAGUAGACAAUGGAAUACCAAUUGAGAGCUGGUUUGAUGAUCGUUCUGAUAAAGAAUUACUUUUAUUACUUCCUUUUUUGGAGAGCUUGGUUGGAGUAGAAGAUGUUCGGCCACUAAUUGCAAACAAAUUCAACCUUAGGGAGAGAGUAGCUGCUGCUGUUAUCCUCUGA